AUGACUGAGGACAUUACACAACGCUGGGAAUCACUGAAACUAACAGAGGAGGAGCAAGAGCAGCUCACUCUUCCAGAGGAAGCACUUUUAUCAUCCAAUACCAAAGGUAAACACUGUCUUCUUGCAAUGAUCUUCAAUGACAGAACAGCAAAUAUGGAGGCUUUCAAGUCGACAAUGUCCAAGGCAUGGAACACAAAGGGAUGGAUUACUUUCAAGGAGUUUGGUACGAACAAAUUUCUCCUAGAUUUUCAGUGUCUUUUAUACAAGAAUAAAGUUAUGAAUAGGAGACUAUGGUCUUUCGACCGUUACUUAGUCUGCAUGAAGGAGUUUGAAGGAGGCUUAUCUCCCUUAGAGGUGCAGUUCACACAUGAGCCGUUUUGGAUUCAGGUUCAUAACCUCCCUUUUGCUGGGAUGACUAAAGAAGUUGGCGCAUUAGUUGGCUCGGGAUUAGGGAGAGUACUGGAAGUCGAGGUUGACACUAAGGAAUAUGGCUGA